CGAGUGACUAGACAUACAGAGGGUCAGACAACUUCAUUCAACAGUCACACGAUAACAACCUCCUCCCCUGUUUUACUAUAUUGAGGUCGGCGCAGUGUGUAAAGGUUUAUUCACGUGAAGCCAUGUCGGGGGAAAAUAUGUUUCUGUAUUGGGGGUCAGGCAGCGUCCCCUGUUGGAAGGCCAUGCUGGCCCUGGCUGAAAAGGGAUUCACUAACUACAAGAACAAGCUAUGCUCGUUCCAGAAGAAAGAACACAAGAGCGAGGAAAUACUGGCCCUCAAUCCUAGGGGUCAGCUUCCAACGUUUAAAGAUGGCAACGUUGUGGUGAACGAAUCCAACGCCAUCAUUGAAUACUUGGAGAAUGAAUACCCAAAUAAUGGUGCUAAAUUGCUUCCCUCGGACAAGGCUGGAAAGGCGAGGGUUUUCCAAGUUUAUCACGAGCUAGCCAACAUGCACUCUGUACUGGUGGAUGGACUUAUUCACUACAAGAUGUUCACGCCCAAGGACCAAAUCGACGAGAAUCAACUCCAAGUUAGAUACACCGCAUGCCGGAAAGAAAUGGGCAUUUGGGAUACCAAACUGGAAAAGGGCGGCCCCAACGCUUAUAUCGCCGGGAACUCCUUCACAAUGGCCGACUGUGUCGCCUUCCCCUACCUGGCCAUCGCCAAGCGACUGGGCAUGAAGUUACAGAAGUGGCCAGCAAUCGACGGCUACUACAACAGAAUGUCGGUGCGACCCAGUGUCAAGGCCACGUGGCCCCCGCACUGGAAGGAGACUCCAGGCGAUACGUCAAUUCUCGGAGACCUCUAGUGGUGACCUGCCGUCACUAAGGCAGACAACUCGUAUGACUAUUUGACAGUGAAAAUAACAAGCAAGCAAACAAACAAAGAAACAACAAACAACACACAAAAGAACGAAACAGACAACAAAA